CCAGCUUUGAACACACUUUUUUAUUUGUACGAAUACGUCCAACCAAGCCAGAGUCUGAUCUCUGAAUCACCAUACCCAGGCCGUCGCUAUGCUAUUGUAACCUUUCCUGCAUCGAACUUGCAUCGCUCGAUCACGCCGUGAACUGGAAUUAUUGGGGGAAAACACAAUACGCGCCUGAAAAUGUCGGAACGCCAAGUAGAGGCCCACCGACUCCUUUCGGAAUACCCCAAGACGGCAACGCCGGAUGUGAACUCGGGGUUGGUGACGGGAACGGCAAUUCCACGAAGAAACCCCAGAAAGACCUCACCCUCGGUGGCAUUUCUGUCAAUUGUAACAGCGGCACUAUUGUCGUUGUCAUUUCUCUUCAUAACUUGUUCCUCGCCUGCGACAUGGACGUGGCUAGCCUCUACCCUCCAUCCGUCCCUGCAGCAUGCCGAGACGGGAGGAGCCGAGACCGGUAAUGCGGGCGCUGCUGCCGACCGCUACCUCAUCGGUGUAGGCAAGGCGGAUAUCACCGGCCCAGUGGUCGAGAUAAAUCUGAUGGGAUAUGCAGACCCCAACCAGGUCGGUUCGGGUCUCCGGCAGCGGCUGUACAGUCGUGCCUUUAUGGUCGGCGAUCUGGCACAUCCUGCCGAUCGCUUUGUGUACCUGGUCCUCGACACUCAGUCCGGCGACACGGCAGUCCGCUACGGUAUCAUCUCAGCGCUGCAGUCGCUCGGGCCCGAAUAUGCCCACUAUGGCCAUCACAACGUCGCAGUCACGGGCACUCACUCUCAUUCUGGUCCUGGCGGAUGGCUCAACUAUCUCCUGCCACAAAUCACAAGCAAGGGGUUUGAUCAUCAGGGCUACCGUGCUAUCGUCGACGGCGCCGUCCUCUCCAUCCGUCGGGCACACGAGAGCUUGACCCCUGGCUAUCUGUAUGUCGGAAAGACCAAGGUCGCCGGCGCAAACAUCAACCGCAGCCUGUUUGCAUACCUGGCCAAUCCAGAGGUGGAGAGAAAUCGCUACAAUGUUAGCUCGGAGGACGAUGGCUCUGUAGAAAAGGAGAUGACGCUGCUCAAGUUCCAACGCGCAUCGGACUGGCGUCACCUUGGCAUCCUCACAUGGUUUCCUACGCAUGGCACGUCCAUGCUAGGCAAUAACACCUUGAUCACCGGCGACAACAAAGGCGUCGCCGCGUAUCUAUUUGAGAAGAGUAUGCGCUAUGAUGUGUCAGCCGUUCCUGGAGUUGAGUUUGUGGCUGGCUUCUCGCAGGCCAGUGUCGGAGAUACAAGCCCAAAUGUGAAGGGGGCCUGGUGUGAGGAUGGUUCAGGUCUUAUGUGCAGCUUCGAGAACAGUACUUGUGCGGAUGGCAAGGCACAGGCUUGUCAUGCCAGGGGUCCUUUCUUUGGAAGGGACGAUGGCGGUACAGCAUCCUGUUUCGAGAUUGGGAUGCGUCAGUUCAAGCCCGCCCGUGAACUAUAUGAUAAACUUUUGCUCAGCGAGGGCACUCGAAUCAGUGGCGGCAUGGUCAAGUCUUUCCACACCUUCCACGACAUGUCGAGGUUCGAGUUUGCGCACCCGAGGAAUAGCUCACAGAUUAUACGCACCUGUCCCGCAGCGCUCGGGUAUUCGUUCGCGGCUGGGACCUCGGACGGCCCUGGGGUCUUCGAUUUUACCCAGCAUGAUGGUGACUCGUCCAAUACAAGUCCAGUCUGGCGGGCCGUUUCAAAUAUGCUCAAGAAACCUUCAGACGAGCAGGUUGCCUGCCACGCCCCUAAGCCAAUACUGUUGGAUGUAGGCGAGGUGUCUCGUCCAUACCAGUGGACCCCCAAUAUCGUUGACGUCCAGCUAUUCAGGGUCGGCCAGUUGGCUAUCAUCGUCAGCCCUGGUGAGGCCACCACCAUGGCCGGAAGGCGAUGGAAGGAAUCGGUGGAAAGGGCCUUUGUAGGCUUCCUCGACACCGAAAGAAACGAUGCAGACGGCAAUGAGGACAGCGACAGCGAACAACUCUCCCCUAUAGUGGUUCUCGGUGGGCCUGCUAAUUCAUACACACACUACAUUACGACGGAGGAGGAGUAUGGCAUUCAGAGAUAUGAGGGCGCCUCGACACUCUAUGGCCCACACACGCUGGAUGCAUACAUCAAUGUCACGUUGUCACAUCUACCUUAUCUCUUUGCUGGUGGAAAGGGGUCGCCAGGAAAUGGUGGCUCGUCGCCGCACCACGAAGAUCCAUCUUCCUUCCCACCGGACAACACCAACAGAUCCUUAUCAUUCAUUACAGGGGUUCUGAGAGACGGAACUAAACCAUUCAAGUCCUUUGGAGAUGUUUUGACAGACGUUUUCAGUGAUGAAGAGAAAAAAAUGCCAAAGCUUCAUUUUCGUCGUGGGGUAGAUAUCGUGCGGGCUGUGUUUGUCGGCGCAAACCCACGCAACAACCUCCGACUUGAGGAGACUUAUGCAUCAGUAGAGAAGCUGGAUGUUGCCCGCGGCUCAGUUUGGAAGACGGUGCGCACGGAUGCCGACUGGACUCUUGUCUUUCGAUGGCGAAGGGUGAGCAGCGUGCUAGCGACUAGCGAGGCCGAGAUCAGCUGGGAGACAGAGUCUUGGGCGGAUCCGGGCGUGUACCGGCUCCGAUAUUUCGGGGACUCUAAGAGCCUUGGGGGUGACAUCAAGCCUUUCGAGGGAACCAGCAGCGUUUUUGUAUUAGUAUGAACGAACGGGAAUGUUAUUUGAUGUUUUCUCAUUUUUUCCCCCAUAAAAACGGCUCCUUAUGACACUCUGAUAUUGCGUACAAUUUCCCCUAUCUCACUUCUAUACCUAGCCUAUUGAGUGUCUUCCAUUUACUGGCUCUAUUGGAACGAUUCCCCCAAAGUUUGACACCCAUUGUCAUUUCCUUGCCGUGACCGACAAUGGAUUUUCUAAAGAGAACAUUUCCAAUUUAUCUGGUCAUGGUAAAAGCCGGUGUCCCCCCAACGAGUUGUUGUCCACUUUUGUUGUACGUUAGUAUUGAGGGGGUUUCACUAGAAUGUUAAGGUCAAAUUGAAAACCUACGCUCGUGUUCUCCUGCCAUCGCUGUCCGUUGUACCAAAAGAUGGACGUCUGGUUCUUGUGUGGCUCGACUACAAGGCGGCCUGGGAGGGAACUGCGAGCAAAGGUCGUCCUAGAGCCCCAGUGAAUCGAGUGGGCGACGGAGAUGACUUGGUCGCCUGUGUUUUCAUGCCGAGUUAGAACAAAUAUCAUACUGAUGCUUCCUUCGUUGACGGUUUUCUUUCGAAAACAGAACAAGAAAAGGAAUUAACAAAGGCUUACAUAUGUUGUUAAUUACAAGACCACCCAUGUUCUGGUUGUUCUCAGCCAGGACCAACACCAGGUGGCAAUUGCCCUCGGGCAGGGUAUAGCAGCUAACGUAGUCGAGGAAGUUGGG